AUGAAUUUUCAUAAAGAAAUAAAGAAAUGGGUAGAACAAAAAAAACAUUUAAAAAAACUAAAAAGAGGUAAUUAUUUUUUUUUUAAAAAUAAAGUUAAAAAAUCACUUUUUGGAAACAUAUCAAAUAAUAAUUAUGUAAAAGAAAAAGUAUCUAAUGAAACAAAUGUAAAAAAAUGUAGCUUUUUAUCUAAUAAAAGCAUAAAUCAUUUACUAUACAAUGAUAGAAAUCAUUGUAACAAUUCCUCUUUUUAUGAGGAUUAUCACAAAAGGGAUUAUCAAGAAACUAAUAUUUAUUAUUUAAAAAGUAUUAUAUUAAAUUUAAACAGUAUACAUUAUUUAUUUUAUAAAAACGAUGAUAUUUAUUUAAAAUUAUCUCAGAUAUUUCAAGAAGAAUUGCGGCGCUUAAAAUUAAUACUUAAUCUAGAACAAGAAAAAAAAUUCAUCAUAUCUAAUGAGCUUUAUCAUAAAAAUAAAAUUUCUAUAAACUCUUGUAGUUUAAAUUUAGUUGAUAUAAUCAAUUUAUUUAACUUUUAUAUAUAUAUAGAAAAAUAUUAUUUCUAUUUUUUUUAUAUAAUUUUAAGUACAAUUGAAAAAUUUCAGGAUCUUUCAAAUGUUAAUGACACUAUAUCUAUCAAUUUUCUAAAAUCUUGUUUAAAAUUAAAAAAAGAAAUAAAUAAAAAUUUUGAUAUAAGUGAGUAUAAACAUUACAUGAGGAAAAGAAAAAAAAAUAAUUACACUAUUUUUCAAAAUUACUUUUAUCUUAUGAAAAAUAACAUUUUUACCAAAAACAAUAUUCAUACUUUAUCCCAUGUUGCAAAGGACUACCAAAUAUUUUCUUUCUUAAAUAAUAGUAAUAAAAAAAGGAAAUAUAUACACUUUAUUUGUCUAAAAAAAAAAUGUUAUGAAAAUAUAAAUUAUUCAAAAUUUAAGAAAAGAAAACAUAAAGAUUUAAUGAUAAAAUGUGAUUAUUUUAUAGAAAAAUGCAUUUUUUUAUUUUUAAAUAAAGACAUGGACAUAAGUAUUUUCACAAAAUAUAUUAAAAUACUUCAAAAUAUAAACAUAUAUAAUAAUAAUUUUAUAAGUUUAAUAAAAAAUUAUCUAAAGAAGAAUUAUGAAUAUUUUACCACUGAAGAACUUAUAUUUGUGAUAAAGUAUUUAAUGAAAAUGAAAGAGCCAUGUAAAGAAUAUAAAAUAUCUUUUGGUUGUAUAAAAACAGAUAUUUACAAAAAUAUAAAUGACUAUAACAUAAUAGAUAUUGAUAACAUUAUUUCCAUUUUUUCAAAAAACAAUUAUUAUGAUGAGAAAUGUUUAGAUAUUAUUACGAAUUAUAUCAUAGAGAAUUUAAACAAAGUGAAUUCGAAUACACUUGUUAAAAUUAUAAUCAAUUUAUAUAAUUUGAAUUAUAAAAAUAAUGAAUUAUUAUAUACAAUGCUGAAUAAAUAUAAUCCUCUUAUUAGAAAUAGCAGGAAAAAAUCAAAUAUAAACAACUUCUUUUUAAAAAAAACAAAAUUAAUAUAUAAAAAGAAAAAGGAUAUGAGCGUACAUCAAAAUAAAAUAUUGAAACCUUCCCAUGAUAAUACUGUUUGUCAUAAUUCAAAUUCUAUCAAUAUAAAAACUAAAGAAAAUAUUUCAAAUAGUAAAUAUUUUAGAAAUUUUGAUGAUAUAAAAGUUAAAGAAUUAUUAUUAUUUAUAAAAAUAUUAAUAGAAAACAAUAUAUAUAUAGAUAACAAAUGGUCUCAAUAUUUUUUUUCAUUAGUUAAAAGUAAAUUUCUUUUCAUUAAAAAAAAAGAUUUUUAUUUAUUAUGUUUUGCAUUGCUGCAUUUAGAAUCUAGGGAAGUUUUUUCUAAUUUUUUCCUUUUAUCUAGUAAAUAUAAUAUAUUUAAAAAAUAUUCUAUGCAAAAAUUAUUUUCAUUAAAUGAUUUAUCUUCUAUAAUUCAAAUUACUUUAUUAUUUAGCUUUCAUAUAUAUAGAUAUAAUAGUGAUGUGUUUUUAUUAUUAUUUUUUUAUGUUCUCGAUCAAUUUUAUAAAAGUUGCAAAUAUGAGAAGAAAGAUAAACAUCAAGAAGACCAACAAAGCUUUACAAAAGAAGAGAAAUUAUUUAAUAUUUCUUAUAGAGACGAUAAAGAAAAUAUGCUUCAAAAUAAUGAGGAGAAUGUAUAUAUGCAUGAUUUAAAAAUAUAUGAAAGAAAUAAGAAUAAUAAAUAUAGGAAAAAAAAAGAAAAAAAAAAAAGGGAUGAAUUAAAAAAUAAAAUAAUGAAAAUUACAAUACCAUCAUGUGAUCAAAUAAAAGAAAACAUUUCUUUCCAAAGUUUAUUUCAAAUGGAAGAUAAAAUACAAGAAGUAUUUCAAAACGGUAAUUUAAAAUAUUCUCAAAAUGAAGAAACAAAUGAAAAUAAAGAAACAAUCAAUAAAAAUAAACAUAUAAAGAAGAACAAUGGUCUGCUAAUAGAUAAUAUUCAUAUAAAAAAAAAUAAGACUUUAAUUAGUAAUAAUUCAUUUACCAAAAACAAACAAAAUAUAUAUAGAAAUGAGGAAUAUAUGAAUAUCAAUUUCAACAAUUUUACUCAUUAUGAUAAUAAUAUUAAAAAUGAAAAGGUAGAAUUAUGUAAUAAUGAAAAUAAAUAUGAUGGGGAUAUUAUUAUUAAUAAUAAUAGUAGUCUUUUAUAUUGUGAAGAUUCUUUAAUAAACAAUAAGAAAUUAAUUAAAGAGAACAAUAGUGAAUUUUUUUUUCAUACAAAUUAUAAGAAUGAAAAUUCUGAAAAACUAUUAAAUUACUAUACAAAUGAUUAUUUUAAUAAAUUAAGAGAUUCGCGUCAUAUAAUUAUAAUUAUAAACAAUUUUUAUUUUAAUUACAUAAUAAGAGCCUGUAAAAAUAGUAAUAAAAAUAAUUUUUUUCAAAAUACCAAUGAAAAUUAUUUGUUAAAUAAACUAAGGUAUAAACAUUUGUCAUUAAUUUAUAAAACUUAUGAAUUGUGCUCGUCUUAUAUUAGCAUGUCUUUGGAAACAAUAAAAAUUAUGAACAAUAACAAAAACAUCCUUUCUUCUAAAUUUCAUAAACAAAUACUAUCUAUCUUAAGACAACUUGAUUCAAAAAAUGAAAUAAUAAGUGAAUAUGUUCAGUACCCAUUUCAAAUAGAUAUUUGCAUAAAAAGAAAAUUUGUUUAA